AUCAUUGCACAGAGAAAGAGAGAGAGGGAGAGCAGAGGAGGUUACUUUGGGAAGCAGUACAGCUUGCUCAUCCGAUCCGUGUAGUUCAGAGAGAGUGUGUCAUGUUACAGAGAAGCCAGGAUCAGCCACAGUGCAACUCCAAAGCAGUUGAGAAUUACCUCUCUCUAAUGGGGACUUUCAUGUGCAAUCUCUUAACCACUCUGCUAAGGAACUGAAACUGACAAACCUAGAGGGAGAGGAAAAGAACAACAAACAAAAAAGACUGAAAGACACAAACUGAUCUGAUUAUUUUCCCCAAAACUUUUCUGGAGUUGGAUCCUUUCUUUUUUUAAAUCACUUUUUUCCCCUUUUUAUCCAUACAAUUUUGUUGUUGUUGUUGUUAUCAUUUCUAUUAUUCAGUGGCAUUGGGAUUCCCUCGGACGCUGCUCUUCCAUGAAUUCUGGAUUGUUCUUCUUGGAGUGGGAUUGAAACUUUAUUUAUUCUAUUUAUUUAUUUAUUGUUUCUCAGGAGAGGGAGGGAAUGUUGGAGGAGAAGGGCUGGAAAGGUGCUAGCAAUAGUGCCUUUGACAGGGGGUGCAUUGCUCCCCCCAGGACAGGGGAUGGAGAAAGAUGCUGCAGGUUUCCUCUACUGCUGGGCUCUGGGCUUCCUGGGGUGUCUUUGAUUUCUCUGGUGCUGAGCCUCCUGCUAUACUUUAGGACAUCAGACCUGCAAUCCAGGGUUUCACAUUUGGAAGCAGACAGAUGCACUCAGCUCCCUGCCUGGCUCUCUGCAGACCAAAUGGAGACAGCUAUUUUGGGAAGAGUUGACCAACUGCUUGAUGAGAAAUUAAAGUUCAACUUGCCGAGACAUCGAGAAGUUCGUGAUACCCACCAGAAGUGUAACUGCCCGGCAGGGCCUCCUGUAAGUACCAAAGUUCCAGUGCGUUUGCGAAGUGUGCACCUGAUGGGCCCUACAGGAAGACCAGGGCUUCCGGGAGACAAAGGCGCCAUGGGAAUCCCUGGAAGACCGGGACUAAAGGGGCAACCCGGAGAGAAGGGAACCCCCGGAGAAGCAGGCAUGUCCAUCAUCGGUCCCCGAGGCCCUCCCGGACAGCCUGGAACGAGAGGUUUUCCUGGAUUUCCGGGCCCGAUUGGUUUGGAUGGCAAACCAGGCCAUCCUGGACAGAAGGGGGAGAUGGGUGUUGCUGGUCCCAAGGGACAGACGGGACCUCCAGGACAAAAAGGAGAAAAGGGCCAGUGUGGAGACUACCCACACAGGCUGUUGCCUCUCCUCAAUUCAGUGCGGCUGGCUCCACCCCCGGUCAUAAAGAGACGCACUUUCCAGGGUGAACAAGGACAGGCGGGGAUUCAAGGUCCGCCAGGGCCACCUGGUCCACCAGGGCCAACUGGACCAUCUGGACCAGCAGGAAAUCCAGGACAACCUGGCCCAGUUGGGCCACCUGGCAAAGUAGGGGAGCCUGGAAAGGCAGGCAAGGAUGGAAAGGGUUUACCUGGAUCCCCUGGACCAAAGGGAGACCCUGGAAUUCAAGGAUACCAUGGGAGGAAGGGUGAGGUGGGUGAGGCUGGCCUACCAGGUGCACCUGGCCUUCCUGGAUCUAUUGGCCCCAAGGGUGAAAAGGGGGAUACUGGCAUGAAGGGGGAGAGGGGCAUGCCAGGGCUGCCAGGAAAACAUGGAGCUAAGGGGGCUCCUGGAAUGGCUGUUGCAGGGAUGAAGGGAGAACCUGGAGUUGCAGGGAUGAUGGGCCCCCCAGGUUUGCCAGGGAAAAGGGGACAGAGGGGGGAGAAGGGAAGAGCUGGUGAUCCCGGACUUCCUGGAUUCCUAGGACAGAAGGGAGAGAAGGGAGAUGCUGGCAAUGCACUCGGGGGAGGUAAAGGGGAACCCGGACACCCGGGACUACCUGGGCCUCCAGGACCAAAGGGGGAAGCUGGUGACAUUGGCCAGACUGGCAUUGCAGGACCGCAGGGGGAAAAGGGAGAACCUGGAGCACCCGGAGAACAGGGGCCUGUUGGUCCAAGGGGUCCCAAAGGGGAGCCAGGAAAGGAUGAAAUGGUGGAUUAUGAUGGUAACAUCAACGAAGCUCUACAGGAAAUACGAACCUUGGCCCUGAUGGGACCUCCUGGACUUCCAGGAGUAGCUGGGCCCCCAGGGCUACCAGGCCAGAAGGGUGAAAUUGGAUUACCGGGUCCUCCUGGACACGAUGGCGAGAAGGGGCCACGAGGUAAAUCAGGAGAGGUGGGUCCUCCUGGUCCCCAAGGGCCCCCAGGAAAGGAGGGACCUCCAGGAGUGAAGGGAGAGACUGGACUUACCGGGACCCCAGGAGCAAAGGGGGAAAAGGGGGAGGCAGGAGAAGCUGGCUCUCCGGGUCUUGAUGGCCCAACUGGGGAGAAAGGAGAACAAGGUGACCAAGGGAUACCAGGACCUUCAGGAUUACCGGGUCUAAUUGGACUUCCAGGAUUGACAGGAGAGAAAGGAGAACCUGGUGAGGAUGGGGAAAAAGGAGAUCCAGGAGACUCAGUAUCGGGGCCACCCGGGCCCCAAGGCCCACCAGGUGUUGCAGGUCUUCAAGGCCUUCCAGGACCGAAGGGGGAAGCAGGGAUUGAUGGAAUGAAAGGAGAGAAGGGUGUCCAGGGUGAGAAAGGAGACCGAGGUCCACUGGGAUUGCCCGGUGCUUCAGGUUUAGACGGCAGGCCUGGACCACCGGGUACUCCAGGACCAAUUGGAGCUCCAGGACCAGCAGGACCAAAAGGGGAAAGGGGCAGUAAAGGUGACCCUGGAAAUGCAGGACCAAUGGGGCUAGCUGGGCUUCCUGGUUUACAAGGCCCAUCUGGUGACAAAGGAAACCGGGGGGAGAGGGGCAAGAAAGGCUCUAGAGGGCCUAAAGGGGAUAAGGGAGACCAAGGAGCGCCUGGAUUAGAUGCACCCUGUCCAUUGGGGGAAGAUGGCUUGCCAGUUCAGGGCUGCUGGAAUAAGUGAUGGUUCUAACCAUGGACUGGCCUGUGUGUGUUUUGUACAUAGAAUAUUUAUUUUUAUACAAUGUUCUUUUCUGAAAUGCCAAGAAGUUAUACAUUUUACAAAUUAUCAAAAGCUACAUAUAUUUUGUACAGAAAAUACUAAAUUGCCCUUUUUCUGUUUGUCAAUCCUUUAUAUAAUUCUGUGUCUAUAUUAUGCUUAUAUUGUUGUGGAGUCCAGCUAUAAUAUUUGCAUGAUAUUUGUGCACACUUGAUAAGUAUUGGAACUUAAUAAAUUAUUGCAUUCAGGUGCCAAAAGGAACUGCCCUAUAUAGAUCUGAAGGUCAUUUCCCUUGCCAAAUCGGGAGAAUUAAAGAAUAUUUGAAGUGUUAUGGAUUUUAUUAUUAAAAUGAAAUAUGACAAUGUUACCUUUUUGUGAAUAAACUAUGGUGUUGCUGGGGAAAGCCUGGGGCAGCCAGCAGUGCUAUUAAAAUGA